GGCAGUGGGACAGAGCAGGCGAGUGCAAAGGAGGUACGAAGUUGUGAGCAAGUGCUGGCAUCAAUCCUACAAUUCCUCAACACAAGAGAGGCCACCAUCUCUGAUUCAGCAAAGAUGACGUCACUGAAAUCACAUGACUAAGGAGGAUUGAGAUUUGCAUAUCUCUAUCAACAGUACUGGUUUCAUAGUUCUACUAUUCCAAGCAGAUGAUGUAUACACUCUCAGUAUGAUGGCGAUGUUUUGGGCAGCAGUUGUCUUCUACAUGUGUGAACAUACAGUGGAAGUUUAUGGAACGGCUGAUACAGAUACAUUGCCAACCACUUUGGCGAGCACGGUUACGUCCACUGCUUUACCCACUGUCUUGCCCACAGAAGAUGAGAGCAUCAAACUUGUGGAUUGGCUCACGAAGUAUGGAUACCUCCCACCCCCUGAUCCCUCUACAGGUCAGUUACAGGCCUGGACCGCUGUCACUCAAGCAGUGAAGAAAAUGCAGAGGUUUGCUGGUUUGGAUGACACAGGAGUGUUAGAUGAAGAGACUGUUCAACUGAUGCAGACACCCCGGUGCUCACUCCCGGACGAUGAUGACCAAACCAUUCAGACAUCGGCACUACACAGUGAUAUGCAAAAUCAAAGGAUGAAAAGAGCAGCUUCUACCUGGACAAGAAGAAAUAUAAACUGGAGGCUGCGUUCUUACCCCGCCUCCUCUAAACUGUCCCGUGAAAUGAUUCGCUCCCUAGUGUACUAUGCACUCAGAGUGUGGGCCGAUCCAACAUUACUUGAAUUCCAUGAGGUGCGAGGACCAGAGGGGGCGGAUCUCCAGAUAGAUUUCUUGCGCGGUUCCCAUGGAGACGGAUAUCCCUUUGAUGGAGCAGGUGGAUCUGUAGGCCAUGCCUUCUUUCCAUCAGAUCCAGACAGGGCAGGUGGAGUUCACUUGGAUGCAGAGGAGGAAUGGGCCUUCAGACAACCAGCAACGGAGGGCACAGAUCUGUUCACUGUGCUAGUGCACGAGCUUGGUCAUGCCCUCGGACUGAUCCAUUCAUCUGCACGUCAAUCUGUAAUGCGUCCAUACUACCAGGGGCCCCUAGGAGACCCACUACACUUCAGCCUGGGACAUCAUGACCUUCAACACAUCACAGCUCUUUAUGGUAAGAGUGGAAACCAUGUUCCAACUGACAAACCUCUUCUCGUGACGGAGGCUCAAUUGCGUCACCGACAUGGCGGAGUACACAGACUCACACACAUGUACAGACACGCUCAUAGCCAUUUGGACAGUUCUGUGGAUCGCUGUAACACCAGUUUUGAUGCAGUUGCUAAGAUUCGAGGAGAGAUCUUCUUCUUUAAAGGGCAGAACAUGUGGAGAGUGAGCAGAGGUGGUCUGGUGUCAGUCAGGGCUGUUCCUGUACACAGACUUUGGUCGGCUCUUCCUUCGUCACUUCCUCCACUGCGAGCGGUUCUGGAAAGACACACAGAUCAUGCCAUCAUCUUUAUCAGUGGUUCCCAGGUUUGGCUUUUUAAGGAUCUGUCACUCCAAGAGGGUUUCCCUCAGCCUCUGUCUACUCUGGCUCCUGAGGACUCAGAAGGAGGGUGGCAAGGUUUGCACUGGGACCCAAAGCAGGGUGUGGUGUGGGGGUCUGUGAGAGAAGAUGGAAAGAAAGGAGAGGAAAGCGAAGUCUGGAGAGAGCUCAUUGAAGAAGGAGUGAAUGGAAUUAUCAUGGAGAAUGACGACGAGAGAGAAAGGACUGGAGACUUUAAGGGUUCAACCUACCUUUUCAAAGGCAAUUCCUACUGGAAAUUUACUCACCCAGGCUCCGCCCCUGCAGAAGGAUACCCUCGGCUUCUGGCCACUGAUUGGUUGGACUGCCCUCAGCCGUCCUCUUACAGCCCUGGCGACAUCUCUUUGAUCUCUCACUAUGGUCAGCAGGAGCUUCGUGAGCAGAAAGGGCAAAGAAUAAUCGACCAGAUCAUUCACAAAGAAAAAACCGAAAGAGAUAACCCUCUUCGCUGGGACUGUCCAUGUCUAAACAGUGCAGUGACUCAAAGUGGACCUAUUUUACUACUGCCCAUUUUAUUUCUGAUCACUGGGGCUUGUUAAUAUUUUCCACAUCCAAAUUUACACAGUCAUACAUACCCCAAAAUAAAGUUUUCCUUGACUUCCAAUCUCUAACCAAAGGAAGUGACUAAAAUAGUUAGUAAGAAGAUUUAUAACAACCAUUAUACUGAGAUUAAAUUCUAAGAUUAAAAAAACUUCAUAGUGUUGUUACAUGCAGUUUUACCAAACAACUGACUUUCUAUCUCUGUUAAUUCCUGUUUUAGUUGCUAAAACCCCUUUUAAUGCUAUCUUUCAUAUCAAAAGUCAUGCGGUACAUCAACAAAUGAACCGAUGUUAAUGAUUUACAGUUCAGAGUCUGUCAGCUCACUAAAGAUUAUGGAGACCUCAAAUAAUAUUGUGCUAUAAUUUAGAUGUGUAAUGAUAUAUUCAUACAGUAUUUUGAUUAUGACGAUGCAGAGAGCAAAUCUCAUAAAAUAAUGUGAUUUAUUCAUAGUUUUAUUUGCUUUUUUCAAAUAACGUACUACCGGGCAGAUGGAAGGAUCUGUAAAGAUCAGUAAAGUGUCAUUUACAGAACAAACUCUAUCGUAAUUAAAUAAAAAUGAAAAUGCUGUGUACAUUUGAUUUAAUAUAUUUUAUGGAUACUAUUAUUAUUAAUAUAUUUUAUAAAUAACAUUUUUGUUUAUCAAUUUUCUCUAUUUUUAUUUUUUUUUAAAUGUACUUAAAGAUUGUACCAAUAAAAAGAAAAAUAAGAACAUUAUUUUAUUUCACAAUUACUUGCAUAUUGUGUCACCUCAGGAAUUAC